AUCAUUAUUAUUGAAUUGUGAAGACAAUUUGUAUUACAAAAUCAUGUUUUCGUCACCCGAAUUUAAAAUUUCUUAUUUAUCGAAACGAAUCUUCUUUAAAAAUUUAUAUAUCUUAAAUAAACAAUUAAAGUGGCCAAAAUUAAUUCCCCAAACGGUCCACGUGAACUUCAUAAUUUCUCAUUUAAAAUUACGCAGUUUUCCCGCCUAGGUAUUUAACCCUCAUUAAUUGAAAACUGUUACCCCAUAAUUAUAAAAAUGAAAGUCAGGCAAAGGCUUCGCCAAGCAAUUGAUUCGUUAUACGCCGGUGGCCAAGCAACGGCUGAAGCCUACACGCCGCUCGUGCUCGAAUGCGUUCGGGUCAACGAUGUUGGUCAAGCCAAGAGAUUGCAAUCUCACAUGGAUCUUCACUAUUUUAUACCCAAUGAUACGUUUCUACAUAACCGUCUUCUUCACAUGUAUGCCAGAUUAGGGAAAAUUUCAGAUGCCCGAAACCUGUUCGAUAGAAUGCCCCAAAGAGAUAUUAUCUCCUGGAACACAAUUCUUUCUGUAUAUGCCAAAUCAGGGUCUGUUGAGAAUUUGAGAGCACUGUUCUAUAAAAUGCCUUUUCGUGAUUCUGUUUCAUAUAAUACUUUGAUUGCGGGCUUGGCUGGAAGCGGGUUUUCCAGUCAGGCGCUUGAGGUUUUUUUGAGGAUGAACAGAGAGGGAUUUGAGCCAACAGAAUAUACUCAUGUGAGUUUGUUGAAUGCGUGUUCAAGGUUAUUGGAUUUAAGGAAAGGGAAACAGAUUCAUGGUAGAAUAUGCGUUGGUUUUUUGGGGAGGAAUGUUUUUGUUUGGAAUGCUUUGACUGAUAUGUAUGCUAAGUGUGGCGAGAUUGAUAAAGCAAGGUGGCUAUUUGAUAGAACAGAUAAUAAAAAUGUAGUUUCAUGGAAUUCAUUGAUUGCUGGUUAUUUGAAAAACGGCCAACCUAAGAAAUGUAUUGAUUUGUUUCAGGAGAUGCAACUAGGUGGUUUCAAACCUGAUGAUGUCACAGUCUCGAAUGUUCUUGGUGCUUAUUUUCAAAGCGGAUUGGUAGAUGAAGCAAUUGAGGUUUUUCACUUGAUUAAGAACAAGGAUAAAGUAUCUUGGACAACAAUGAUUGUUGGUUAUGUUCAGAAUGGAAAGGAAGAAGAUGCUCUGAAUUUAUUUGCCAAGAUGUUAGCAGAAGGUGUCAAGCCAGACAGUUUUACGAUCUCUAGUGUGAUUAGUUCCUGUGCAAAAUUAGCCUAUUUGUGUAAUGGUCAGGUUGUCCAUGGAAAAGCCAUUCUUUUGGGAGUUGAUAAUGAUUUGCUUGUGUCUAGUGCUCUUGUUGAUAUGUAUUGCAAAUGUGGAAUCACUAAGGAUGCCUGGAUUGUUUUCGAUAUGAUGCCAUCCAGAAAUGUAGUUUCUUGGAAUGCCAUGAUUAGGGGUUAUGCACAGAAUGGACAAGAUUUGGAAGCAUUGGCCCUUUAUGAAAAAUUGUUGCAACAAAAGUUGAAACCUGAUAGUAUUACGUUUGUGGCUGUUCUAUCUUCUUGUAACCAUGCAGGUUUAAUUGAAGAAGGACGCAUAUAUUUUGAUUCUAUCAGUAAACGGCAUGCGUUAGUACCCACUUUGGAUCACUAUGCAUGCAUGAUCAAUCUCCUUGGCCGUUCAGGUUGCAUGACUGAAGCAAUCGAUCUAGUUAACAAUAUGCCCCAUGAGCCAAAUUCCUUAAUCUGGUCAACCCUUCUCUCUGUCUGUGCAAUAAAGGGUGACACUGAAAAUGGGGAGAUGGCUGCUAAGCGUCUCUUUGAAUUGGAACCCCUUAAUGCAGGACCUUAUAUCAUGCUUUCUAACAUGUAUGCCACCUGUGGAAGAUGGGAAGAUGUGGCAUCUGUGAGAUCUCUCAUGAAAAGUAAGAAUGUCAAGAAGUUCGCUGCUUACAGUUGGAUUGAGAUUGAUAAUGAAGUUCACAAGUUUGUCGCAGAAGAUGCAACUCAUCCCCAAACAGAAAUCAUAUACGAAGAACUUGGCAGACUGAUUAAGAAAUUGCAGGAAGCUGGGUUUAUGCCUGAUACAAAGCUGGUUCUUCAUAAUGUGGAGGAGGAGGAAAAGUUUGCAUCCAUUUGUUACCAUAGCGAGAAACUUGCUCUUGCAUAUGGAUUGAUUAAAAAGCCCCAUGCAACAGCACCGAUUAGGAUUAUGAAGAACAUUCGUGUUUGUGGCGAUUGCCAUAUGUUUAUGAAGCUCGUGUCUAAAGUUAUUGGGAGGCCAAUCAUCUUGAGAGAUUCAAACAGAUUCCAUCAUUUUGUUGGUGGGAGCUGCUCCUGUAAGGAUUACUGGUAAUAAGCAAUCCAGGGAGAUUAGUAAGUCACCUCAGCUUUGCAAGAAAAGUCCCAUAAUUUUUCUGGGACUAUUUUAAUCAGAAGUACACUUGCCAGUAUUGCUAAUGACUGAUUUCCAUGUUAAUGGUUGUUAAGCAUUAUUUCCAGGGAACAGAAUAGACUCGUUGUCUUACUCAUUAUAUCUGGAAGAUAGCAACAGCCAAAAUUGAGAACAAGAACAAAAAUGAUGGCUCUAAGUGCUCCUACUUACUCAAAUGCCUUCUAGUCUUUUGCAUUUUCAGGCAAGGUAGACUAGCAAGGGAACAUGCUGAGGAUUGAACAAAGGAUGCAGAGAUCUUUCGGUGUAUGGAAAAUUUUAACAGAUUCUGAUCAAGUUAUGAUGGGCCUCUGAAAGUAUUUUGGGAUGCAUUUUAGACAACUCCACAUGAAAGCAUGGACUGGAUUUGCCUAUUUUGGUAGAGCACUAGUGAACCAAGCCCCAACUACGAAGUCUCUGAAAUCAGUUAACUUUAGGUACAUUUUCGAGUCUUUGAAAUAUUUUUUCGGGCCUCUGAAAACUCACAUUCGUAGGCAAUGGGUAAUUGCGCUACUAAAGUCUUGUAUUGUUAUUAUCUUGACUGUUGAAUAGCAAUGGUUUUUCCAAUUUGAUGCCAUACUAAGCAGAGCUUUUGUGUUGUUUAGUAAGUACUGAAAUAGCUUUGGGCUCUUGGAUCACAAUAAAUGUAGUUUUCUUAA